GACAAGCUGAGGACGGUUAACUAAACAGGCAACAGCUAGUGGGAAAAGAUAAAAGCUCUGAUGAUGAAAUUUCCACACAACACGUUCAUGAAUGUUGGAGUACUGCUGGUGCUGUUGAUUGCUGUCGGAAGCUUACAACCAGCAAGCGCAAAGCGGUACUGUGGUGAUCAGCUGCCGAAGAUACUUGCCAUGCUGUGUGUGGAAUAUUUUUCAUUAGAAGAUCUCCGAAAGAACACAGUUGAAUUUUAUAGCCCUGUGACUUCAAACCAGUUCCUAGGUUCGCAGUUAGACUGGGCCGGAGAAAACUUUAGUGAGAAUGGGUUUAAAAGGAACUUUAAUGUGCCAUCACGCUACAAUCACUUGGAACCGGUGGAGGAUGAGUUUGAACCUUCGCUGUGGUUCAGGCAGAAACCCUACCAUCGGUUCAUGGUACCUCACUUGAAGGCACGGUUCCGAAGAGAUGUCGCGGACGAAUGCUGCCGGGAGGAUUGCAGUAUGGCUCAGCUGCUGUCCUAUUGUAAGGUGGUGGCACCGGGAGUGGUGCCCACUUAGUAUAUUAUAGUACAACAUCUUAUUUGUUAAAAAGAUCAAAACAAAACUUUAAGGGAUAAAUGAGCAGCCAAGAGACUUGUGAGCAAACAGUAGCGUAAUAGAUUUUGAGCUUUAUAAUCGAAUCGAAUUCGAAGCGAAUGGAAUAAUUACUUACCAUUAUGAUAGUAUGCCAGCGCAUGGAAGUUUUAUGACGGAAAGCACCGUGUGAAUAUGUAAUAAACUUUAAAUAAAAUUUAUCAUUCUGCAAA